AUGGACCGCCGUCUGUCCCUCUGGGUGCUGGUGCUGCUGGGUCCUGCCCUGGUUUUCGCGCUGGGCCCCACGCCUUCCCUGGAGACGCCCGAGAAGUUGUGCGGCCACCACUUCGUGCGCGUGCUGGUGCGCCUGUGCGGGGGCCCGCGCUGGUCCCCCGAGGCCGGGAGGCCGGUGGCUGGCGGUGACCAGAUGGGGUCUCGCUAUGUUGCCCAGACUAGUCUCAAACUCCUGGCCUCAACAGAUCCUCCCACCUUGGCCUUCCGUAGUGCUGGGAUUACAGGUGUGAACUGCUACAGUGGCUGGAGAGACGACAUCUGCUCCACGGGAUGGCGGCCAACAGUGACCCUGCACUGGUACCUGGCCUGCAACCCGUGUCCCAGGCCUCUCACCGUCAUCGCCACCACCGGGCAGCUACCACCAACCCUGCUCGCCGCUGCUGCCUCAGUGGCUGCAGCCGACGAGACCUGCUGA